CGGUACUGUUGAGCUACUGCAUAUUUCUUUUAGGUUUAGACAUUUUGAAUCAUCUUUUGAAAUGAUGGAGACCCUGGUGAUGUGACUAUUAUCUUGCUUUUCUUGUCUUUUAAAUGAUGAAAAAGUUAUUUUCAGCUUGUAAUAAUAAAAAAAAAGUUUUGGAAGAGUGGAUAUAAUAUAAUCCAUCACACCUCAUAUCAAUCCCAAAGACUGAUUCCCCUUAAAUGUCUGUAAUCAUAAACAUCCAACAACUAGAAGUGUCUGCAGCAAAAAAAAAAAAAAAAAAAAAUAGCCUAAAGAGGACUCGUUUGAGAGUUUUCGUCUAGACUUAGCUGAAUGAGUGUGUGAGAUGCAGAGUAUGCCUGCCUGCUGUGUCAAAAAUGGACCUCCUUCUUCCACAGUCCCCUCCUACUUCCCCGGGAUAUAGGCAGAGCUUUAAAGUAGACUCAGAGUCAAUCAUAGUGGGACCUUUAACUGUGCUCGCCACUGGGUCUCGGUGCCUCAGUCCCCCCCCUCCCCUCCCCAUACACACUCACAGCAGUCAUAACUCACACACAGCAUCACAUGCUUGCUUGCACCGGCAAACAUAUGGAGUACUACUGCUUCCUCCUGCUCUGGAUCUGCAGCCAGCAGAUAGGAUUCCAUGACUGCUUUAAUAUCGACAUAAAGAAACCCAGGAUCAUCAAAGGCCCCAAACAAGCGCAGUUUGGAUACACUGUUCAGCAACAUGUGGCUGCUGGGGGAGAAAAAUGGUUAUUAGUGGGAGCUCCGUAUGAAAUGAAUGGCCCUUACCAGACGGGGGAUGUUUAUAAAUGUUCACUGAGCAAACGGACCAACGGCAAUGGGUGCUCCAAGCUCAACCUAGGAAGGAUAUCUUUGACCAACGUAUCGGAGCGGAAGGACAAGAUGAGGCUGGGAAUGACGCUCACGUCCAACCCUAGAGACAACAGCUUUGUGGCCUGUGGGCCGUUAUGGUCCUACGAGUGUGGCAGCUCUUACUACAGCACUGGCAUCUGCUCCAGAGUCAAUGCAAGCUUCAAGUUCUCCAGAACAAUUGCCCCGGCCUUUCAGAGAUGUGAAACCUAUAUGGAUAUAGUGAUUGUUCUCGAUGGCUCCAACUCCAUCUACCCCUGGUAUGAAGUGCAGGCUUUUCUCAUCAACAUUCUUCAAAAGUUCUACAUUGGGCCAGGUCAAAUACAGGUUGGAGUUGUUCAGUACGGCGAGAAGGUGGUGCACGAAUUCAAACUCAGCGACUACAAAUCGGUGGAGGAGGUGGUGAAGAGGGCGCGUAGCAUCAACCAGCGAGGCGGAGAGGAGACCAACACGGCUCUCGGCAUCAACACAGCACGCUCACAGGCUUUCAAACAAGGAGGUCGGCGUGGUGCCAAGAAGGUGAUGAUAGUGAUAACUGACGGAGAGUCACACGACAGCGCCGACCUCCAGCAAGUCAUCGAGGACAGCGAGAAGGACGGCAUCACCCGUUACGCUAUUGCUGUGCUUGGCUACUACAACCGGAGAGGAAUCAAUCCCGAGGCCUUCCUCAAUGAAAUCAAGUACAUUGCCAGCGACCCGGAUGACAAACACUUCUUUAAUGUGACAGAUGAGUCGGCGCUGAAGGAUAUCGUGGAUGCACUCGGAGAACGCAUCUUCAGUUUAGAAGGGACCAGUAAGAAUGGAACAGCGUUUGGCCUCCAGAUGUCUCAGGCUGGAUUUUCCGCGCACAACGUUGAGGAUGGGAUUCUGGUGGGUGCUGUCGGGGCUUACGACUGGAACGGAGCGGUGCUGAAGGAAACGCGGCAGGGGAAGGUGGUCCCUCCCAAGUCGUCCUACACUCAGGAGUUCCCUGAGGAGCUGAAAAACCACGGUGCCUACUUGGGCUACACCGUGACGUCCGUGGUGUCGGCCAGAAACGGUCGCCUGCUCGUAGCGGGAGCUCCACGGUUUAACCACACGGGCAAAGUCAUCAUCUUCACUCUGAAGAACUCGGGCAAUCUCACCAUCCUGCACUCCCUCAAAGGCCAGCAGAUCGGCUCCUACUACGGCAGCGAGAUAGCGCCCGUGGAUAUCGACGGAGACGGGAUAACGGACAACCUUCUGGUGGCGGCGCCGAUGUUCUUCAGCGGAGGCUUGGAGAAAGGAAAGGUCUACAUCUACAGAGUAACCGAGCUGAAUCGUUUCAUUCUCGAAGGAUCGUUGGAAAUCCACAAUGGUGGCCAGAACGCUCGCUUUGGCUCAUCCCUAGCUCCCGUCCCUGAUCUGAACGGAGACGGCUUCAAUGACUUGGUGGUGGGAGCCCCGCUGGAGGAUGACCACAAAGGAGCCAUUUAUGUUUUCUUCAGCCAGCACAACAGAAUACUACGCAAAUAUAAACAGAGAAUAGCAGCGGCAGAUCUGGCUCCUGGCCUGCAGUACUUUGGCCGCAGCAUCCACGGCACCAUGGACAUGAAUGACGAUGGCUUAGUGGACCUGGCGGUGGGCUCCCUUGGUGCAGCCGUUCUGCUUUGGUCACAGAGCGUCGUCAGGAUAUAUACCACUGUCAGGUUUGAGCCCAGCAAGAUCAACAUCUUUGUGAAAGACUGUCAGAGAGGUGGCAAAGACGUGACCUGUAUGUCAGCCAUUGUAUGUUUCAACAUCACUGCCAGGACAGCCAUUCCUCCCACACAGGAAAUUGUGAUCAAGUAUAACGUCUCCAUUGUGGAGCGACGUUUUAAUCCUCGGGCCAUAAUGGACAACCCGGCUAAGCUGCAGCCUCAAAACCUGACCCUCCUUCCCGGGGAAGAGGCCUGCGAACACUUCUACUUCCACGUCAUGGAGACAACAGACUACGCGAGGCCUAUAGUGUUUGCUGCGCAAGUGGGGCUACAAGACCCGGAGCAAGGACCAGUUCUAGACGACAGCUGGCCUACCGUUGUGAGGACAGAGCUGCCGUUCUGGAACGGCUGUGACGAAGACGACCGCUGCAUGCCCGACCUGGCGCUGCAGAGCAUGACCGACCUGAUGACUCCAAGGCAGUUCUGCGCUCACCCCGUUCAGGCUCGCGGCGCCUUCUGUCGCCACCAGAGCGAAGGAGGGGCCGAGGGGUCUCUGCGGGUGCUCGAGGGCCACAGGAGGAGGAUGGUGGUGGACGUCCGGCUGGAGAACAAAGGGGAGAACGCCUACGACGCUCGGCUCAACAUCACGUACACGCCCAACCUGCGCUUCUCCAGCCUCAUAGUCAAGGACAACUCUGACAUCAAAAUUGAGUGUUACACGGAGGACAAACUGAGGAGCGAGAAGAUCUGCAAUGUCAGUGCGCCGUUCAUGAGGGCCAAAUCACAGGUAUCCUUUCGCCUGGAGUUUGAAUUCAGUCGCACCGUCUUCCUGGAGCACCUCAGGGUCAUCCUGGAAGCCAGCAGUGACGGCGAGGAGCAGAGCACGUCUGAUAAUUUCAACGAUAUCUAUUACUCACUGAAAUACGAAGCGGAUCUCCUCUUCACUAGGGAUUCGAAUCCGACUCGAUAUGACAUCAAGUCAGAGUUGUCGCUGGAGGAGCCCGGCGUCAUCGGCCCCCCUUUCAACUUUACCUUCCAGAUCCAGAACCUCGGAUACUUUCCAGUUAAGGAUCUGCAGUUGAACAUCGAGAUCCCAGAAAUGACAAAGAACGGAAACCAGCUCCUGCAGAUUGAUGAAUUUCAUAUUGACCAGAGAGAUGGCACACGGUGUUUACCACCCCAGCAUGUGGCUCAGAGCAGGGCGUCUCCUGAAGACCUUUCACGCUUCUCCCGCUUGAACCGGUCCAACACGCUAACUCUGCCAAUCCAGUGCACGGUGAAUGUGGCAUAUUACAGAGAGAUCGCCGUUAGAAUCACAGGAGCACUGAAGCUAGAUACCCUACAUGCACUGAAGUUUAAAAUCCUGGAGCUGGUAACCAGCGCGUCAGUGGAGCUCCCUUCCUCCAGCCCCAUGUUUUUACAUGAAGAGAGGCCUGUUAGACAUAUAAUAUUGGAGAUCAGGAAGGAAGGAGAUUACAGAAUCCCUACAUGGAUUAUCAUUGGUAGCACGCUAGGAGGACUCUUACUGUUAGCCCUGCUCAGCCUGGCUCUGUGGAAGCUCGGCUUCUUCCGGAGGCAGAAGCGAAGGGACGAGGACGAGCAGGAGGCCAACGGGAAAGUGGCCGAGGAGCGGUAACGCAGGCUGAGGGCCCCCAGCAGACACCUUUUCCACAGGGGACCCGACACUCAGGGACCAACCCACCUGCCCCCUGCCUCCCCGUCGCCACAGUGGCACCGCAUAAACGGCUCCGUACGAUCGCUGAAGCAAGGCUUGUUCAGUGCACUGGAUCUGUCCCGCGCCACGACCUCUGACCCCCCGAGAGGCAGCACUGUCACACUCACUUAGCAUUCCUGCACUGUUGCGACAUCAGGGCCUUCUUUGUCUACGUAUUCCACUGCCCUCAAUGUCGUCCCUUCACAGAUCUCGGAGCUCUCCUUUUUCUUGGCUUCGGGCUGGAGCUCUGAUGCUUUUUCUGGCUGUUUGUAGAGAAGAAUAGAGCGGGCUUUUGCCAGCCUGUGCCAAGAACUUCAGGCCACUCUUUGCCUUCGCGGCGAAUGUUAGUCAAUAACUCUUUUGUCUCCUCCUAAUGUGUAUUUAUUUAUCUCUUACAUUCAAUUUUGAAAUACGUGAAAAACCUCAAGGGUGAUUUGUCACCCGAAACCUACCGCAGAUGUAAAGUUGUUAUGCUGUAUAUUGAAUUCGAUUGUUAUCUGCAACAUGUUCACCUGACUUGCAUAAUAAUUUAUGAAGAAACAAAGCUGAACUAAAGUCACCGAGAAGAUUCAAGAUGGUUAACCUUCAGAGACUUUUCUUAAUACGCAGAAUCUUCUAAAUUAGCAUCCUCUAUUUUUUAAUAUUUACAUCCUGGAAAACAUACUGGGUGGUCUUUAAACAUUGAUGCACUUUCUACUUUGUACAAAAUUAACUUGAAUUUUGUAAAUACCUUUGUAUACCCUUUCAGUAUCAUAAUGGUCUCCAGUAUUUUCCACAAGGUUUAUGGCAUUACUUUGUAACUUAAACUGAACAGGUCAGCUGUGUCGUUACUGAACCAGUUAGAGCAUGAGACGGUUGCAUGCCUUUUAACGUGCACUGCAUCAGAGCAAAGGGUGUGCAUAAAGUACGGCAGAGGAUUGACUCUGAUGAGAAGUCAUUUUAAGCGGGACUGUAACAAAAUGAAAAUCAGAUGCCGUGAUCGUGAGUCCAGAGGAUACAUGUUAUUCCUGGUGUUACCAAAGAAUGUCUUAUUUUGACGAGGUGUGAAUGAGCUGCAAUAUGCUUACAAAUAAAACAGUGUAUAUGUC